AUGCCAAACAAGAGUUCUGUAUCUUCUACACAUGUACCUACUCACGUACCUUCUAAUGUCCCUCGUGAGCCUCCUGUUUCUCGCACAAUAUUUCACAAGGAUGACUAUACUCACCCUUUCCAUCCUCUGUGUGUUCAUCCAUCAGAUGUGUUAGGAACUUCUCUUGUUUCUACUCAGUUUGAUGGAAGUGGUUAUGGUAGUUGGAGAAGGAAUGUCCUAGUUGUCUUGUCGAUUAGGAACAAACUUGAUUUUAUCAAUGGGAAUUUUGUGAGACCUCCAGAUGGUUCUCCUCUUAAAAUAUCUCGAAGUGUAAAGUAUUAUGAAUAUGCUAAGGAUAUAUGGUCAGAAUUAGAAGAGAGAUAUGGAAAGGCAGAUGGUGCUAGGGUAUUUAAACUUAAAAAGAAAUUAGCUCGCAUUUCUCAGGGUUCCUUAGACAUAGCAUCUUACUUUAACAAAAUUAAGCAAUUGUGGGAUGAGAUAGCAUCUUAUCGAGUGAGGGUUUGUACUUGUGGGGGUAAGGCUAAUGAAGAUGAGGAACAAAAAGUAUAUCAAUUCCUCAUGGGCCUCAAUGACACUUAUAUGCAAAUUAGGAGAAAUAUCUUGAUGAAGAAGCCUCUCCCUUCUAUUGGGAACACCUAUAGAAUCCUUUUAUCUGUUGAAAAGCAGAGACAAGUUUCCUCUACAUCUCAUAUUUCAACUACUUCUGCUUCAUUCAAUGCUGCAAUAUCUAAACCACCUUUCCCUUCCAAGUUCAACAAAAGAUCUCCUCCUCCUCGCAGAACUACUGGUCAUGUUGAGACUACUAAACCUAAUAAUCCACCUGCUCAUGGUGAUUCUGGUACUACUGAUGGGUUUGGUGGUACUGGUGUUUGUGCUAUGUUUGGUGAUCAGACCUCUGCCAUCUCAGGACUCACCAAAGAACAAUAUUCUUAG